AUGCGUACAAUUCACCUAAUCAUCGCCGUGCAUUUGGCUUCUACUUCAAAGAGACAGGCUGCAAUUGGCACUAGAAAAAAGAAUACAGCAAAAAUGGAAUUGACUACUGAGCAAAAAAAUGAUAUAAAAGAAGCAUUUGAUUUGUUUGAUCCAGAUGGUACUGGAAGAAUAGCUACUAAAGAACUUAAAGUAGCUAUUAGAGCUCUUGGAUUUGAACCAAAAAAGGAAGAAAUAAAAAAGCUCAUAGCUGAUAUUGAUCCAGAUGGUCUUGGCACAUUGUCAUUUGAGGAAUUUUUGAACUUGAUGUCUAUGAAAAUGUUAGAAAAAGAUAAAAAAGAAGAAGUUUUAAAAGCAUUUCGUCUUUUCGAUGAUGAUAGCACAGGAAAAAUAUCUUUCAAAAAUUUAAAAAGAGUUGCUCGAGAAUUAGGAGAAAAUAUUACAGAUGAAGAAUUACAGGAAAUGAUUGAUGAAGCAGACAAAGAUGGUGAUGGAGAAGUUUCUCAAGAAGAGUUUUUACGUAUUAUGAAGAAAACUAGUUUGUAUUAA